AUGAAGGAACUGUUCAAAGGGGUGUACAGACAAAUAGAGUAUAUAUUUGCACGGAUAAGUAUGGUCAAGGAGGUCAAAAACAUGUUCUAUUUGAAUUUGGCGCAAUGUGUUUUGUUGAGUAUUUUUGGUGUUGUGUUUUUAAUAACUUUUCAUGUCACUGAGAGGGGAGGAACGACUGAAUAUUUGGGGGAAAAAAAUCUCGAGGAAAGUGAAGCGAGUUUGACUGAAAUUUUCAGCGAAGUUCUUGCCAAAAACGACAUCAUUGACUUCGAAAAAAUCGACAAAUAUUGUGCUACACAAAUUGCGGCCCCCAUCCUUGUUAUAAUGAUGUUGUACAAGUCGGUGGUUAACUUAAACAUCACAACGAUGGUAUUUUGUUUGAUAGGGUGUGGUGUGAUGGUUUUUACAUUCAUUUCAGCGUGUUUCACAAAUUUGUGGUUCUUGGUGAGUCUUGGAUUAUCUGUGGGAUCGUUCGUGUCUUGCUAUUUCAUUUUUUUGAUUAUCAAAACGCGUCUAGCACAGGCAGACCCUAUUAUUGAAAUUGAACUUUGUGACUCCGCUUCUUUGUUGUGUGUGAUGGUGUGUAUUGCAUUAGGAGCAAAGUUCUUACUACUUGGACUCAUGCUUCCGCUAUUGUUUUCAUUCCCAACAACGUUACAAAUGAACAAGUGCUCGAAAAAAAUACAACAAAAGUUCUGUUACGUAUCGACUGUGUUUGUCAUCAUCAGUGUCACGAAUUUUUUCGCACUGCUCGUCAUGUUUAUUAGCAUCAUACACUUCUCGUUUUACAAUUUGGUUCUCUCUGCAACACUUUUGAUUUUUGUUCUUAUUUCAGAGGGAGUUGCGUUAUCUCAUCAAUGGAAAGGAAAUCACUACGAUAUCGGCGAGCAAUUUACCGAUUCUGAAGGUAAUAUUGAUGCCUGA